AUGGGUUUUGUCGAAGAUGAGUUGAAGCAGCUAAACGAGGUCAUGGGCAACCUCGACUCGCGCAUCAAGCAGCUGGAGAAGCGCGCAACGGGCUCCUCUCCCUCCACCGAAGAGAUUCGCAUGGUCAUUAUGGGACCCCCCGGAGCUGGCAAAGGAACUCAGGCGCUGAAGAUUAAGGAACGAUUCUCCUGCUGCCAUCUGGCCACGGGCGACAUGCUGCGUUCUCAGGUUGCAAAGAAAACUCCACUUGGUCGAGAGGCAAAGAAGAUCAUGGAUCAGGGUGGCCUCGUAAGCGACAACAUUGUCAUCGGAAUGAUUAAAGAAGAGCUGGAAAACAACAAAGAGUGUCAAGGAGGUUUCAUCCUUGAUGGAUUUCCCCGCACGGUUCCUCAGGCGGAAGGUCUUGACUCCAUGCUCCAAGCGCGGAACCAGAAGCUUCAGCAUGCUGUCGAGCUGCAGAUUGAUGACUCGUUGCUCGUUGCACGCAUUACCGGUCGCUUGAUCCACCUUGCUUCGGGUCGGUCCUAUCACAGCACAUUUAAUCCCCCAAAGGAGCCCAUGAAGGAUGAUAUCACGGGCGAGCCUCUUGUUCAGCGGAGUGAUGACAAUGCAGAUGCAUUGAAGAAGCGUCUAGUCACAUAUCAUAAGCAGACGACCCCUGUUGUUGAGUAUUAUCAAAAGACCGGCAUAUGGAAAGGACUCGACGCUAGCCAACAACCUGGACAGGUAUGGGAGAACAUGCUAGGUAUCUUGGAAGGAAAUAAGAUUCAUGGACCCGGUUUAUUGAGUCGAAUUUCCGGCAAGAACUAG